GGAUGAAGUGUUUAGUGUGCACUGUGAAUUAAUUAUGUGAGGUGUAGAGAAGUACCAGGCCCAAAGAAGCGAUACAAAGUGAUACAGGUCAAAGGAAAAAUAAGCUGACCAGAGUUUAAAGUGAAGAAAAGAAAAAAAUAUAUAUAGGCAAGCAAGGUUAGUGGAAGAAAAGAGCAGAAAAACAGAGCUCAGUGAAGCGAUACAAAGCGGAACAGGUCAAAAGAAGAAGAAGCAGCUGGCAACACUGUGCAAGGCUCGUGUCGGCGCGCUGGGUCAGGUCACGCAGGGCAGGAUUUUUUCUGAGUGUCGUCCUGCAGGGCCGGGGCGGGGGGCAGCAGGGGCGGCGACGAGGCCCGUGUCGUGGCCUGGAGGCGCGGGGAGGACGGGGCACAGGUGUCCGCCGCGUGACAGAGCAUGGGCAAGACAGCAUCCACACUGGGCCGCCGUGCCACCCGGCCUCUGAAGGAGUUUAACCUGGAGGAGCGUGUGGCCAAGGAGCUGAGGAAAGAGAAACGUUCAGCAGCCCCGCGACACCAGACCACAGCGGCCAUCAUUGAGGAGGCCAUCAGGGAUCAACCCAAGGAGGUCAAGCAGAGCCUCGAGGAGAAGGAUGACAUGCUGCUGGAGCGCCUCAGAAGUGUGUACGUCACCUCUGAGGAUGUCACGCCAGAGCACAAAACCACCACCAGUAACCCAGAACGGCCACUACCUAGAGACAGAACAGUCAUGUCAACCCCUGACUACGGGUACUUCGAGCCCAAGUCUGUGCCAUAUGGGAAAGUGACUCUGAGGGACGCAAUAGAGGUCAUCAAACACCACCAGGAGAACCCCAAGCUCUGGACGGCGAAGAAACUUGCAGACGAGUACAGGCUGAGCACGGAGCUGACGGAGAAAGUCCUACGCUACUUCCGCUUGUUUGAGUUGGUGGUGCCAGCGAACGAGAAGGCCAAGGAUGCCACCAGGGCCCUCCUCCACUCCACGCCCCUCAUAGCCCACACCAUCAAGCAGCUGCCAGCGAGUGAGGGAACAGAGAAGGAGAAGGACAAGAAGAGCUGAUGACGAUAAGUUUAAGGGGAAAUUGAGUCACUGUUAGGAUUUUUUUUUUUUUUUCUUUACCUUUUUUCUCUUCUUUUUCCUUCCCUUCCAGAUUGUUUACUAGCAUUUUUUCAUGAUUAUUAUUUGGACAUUGAAAAAUCUUUGCUUCUUUGUAUUAUUUCAGUCAAAAAUUCUUCCUUAUCCAUGUAAUAAGGACCCAAAACUACAUAUUAAAGUUUCCUUCCUUAUCAAGACAUCAGAAAUAGAGGAAGGUAGGAGGAAGGAAAAAGGGGAGGAAAGUUAGGGAAGUGGGCAAAGGUGGGUGUGCAGAACGGAGGAAAGGAAGGACCCCACACUGCCCUGGUGAAGGAGGUUGGGAGGGGGAACAGCACAGUCAAGGAGGCGGCGGUGAUCAGUGAAGUAGUUGUAGAUUUUCUUGCGAUUCAUGUGCUUAACGAAGGCAUUAGUAUCAACCAUAUUUGCCUUGGUAUUCAUGUUAACUUGUUUUGUUAUAAUUUGGUCGUGAGUUAACCUGCACAUUUUCUUGCGAUUCAUAUACUUAACAAAGGCAUUAGUAUUUAUGUUAACUUGUUUUGUUAUAAUUUGGUCGUGAGUUAACCUUUACAUUGAGUAGCACGAGAAGUACAGUUAGUCUAAAAAUAAUAGGUAAGAACGCUUGGAGAAAGGCUACCUAAAACACAACAUUCUGAACAUUUUUUUUAUUACAUGUAUAUUUAUUACAGUUGUUGUUACUGUUAGUAGUACAUACACGUUUGUAAAUAUGUAAACUAAAAACGAAAGCCAAGAGUGUAUCGGUAGUGUAAAUAUGAUGUAAUUACCUUUAUGACAUAACACAGAUAC